UGACGCAAAGCCCCCCGCUUUCAUCGAUCAGUUGUGAACGAGACCCCACUGCGACAAGAUGGUUAAAUUGACUUUGUAUGGCCUGGACCCCAGCCCUCCAGUUCGCGCUGUAAAGCUCACCUUGGCCGCCCUCAACCUGCCCUACGAAUAUGUAAACGUCAACAUCGUGGCUCGGGAGCAACUUUCCUCGGCCUACCUGGAGAAGAACCCGCAGCACACGGUGCCCACGUUGGAGGACGACGGCCACUUCAUCUGGGACUCGCACGCCAUCAUCGCCUACCUGGUGUCGAAGUACGCUGACACCGAUGCCCUUUACCCGAAGGAUCUCCUCCAGCGCGCCGUUGUGGACCAGCGACUGCACUUUGAGUCGGGCGUGGUCUUUGCCAAUGGCAUCAGGAGCAUUUCCAAGCCGGUGAUCUUCUUCGGACAGACCACGGUGCCGAGGGAGCGGUACGAUGCCAUCAUCGAGAUCUACGACUUCGUGGAGACCUUCCUCAGGGGUCAGGAUUACAUCGCUGGGAAUCAACUGACCAUCGCCGACUUCAGUCUCGUCUCAUCGGUUUCUUCUCUUGAGGCCUUUGUGGACUUGGACCCCGGCAAGUACACCAAUAUCAGUGCCUGGGUCAAGCGACUGGAACAGCUUCCCUACUACGAGGAGGCCAACGGCAAGGGCGCCCGCCAGUUGGUGGCCAUUGUCAAGAAGACGAACUUCACAUUCGAGUCCUAGUAUGUGCGUUAUUUAGGUCAAAAAAUUCACUGCAAACCGGUUUAUUAAUGUGUGUUUAAAUAAAAUAUUUUAAAAAGUG